UGUUGUUUUGUAGCUAGCUGUUAGCUUGAUCCCGGUGUGUGUGUGUGCGUGUGUGUGUGUGUGAGCCGGACGCUGAUGCGGAUCUUCAGCUGCUUCUGAAAGUUGGGACACAUCUGAGCUGCUCCUGCUCUGCUGGUGAUCGUGGUUGUACUGGGAGAACUGGUGAUGGGGCACAGGGUUGUCCUCGGGGUUCAGAGGUCUCGUCUCGUUCAGCUCAUGGUGCCGCCGCUGCUCGUCGUCGUCCUGCUGGCGACGGCGUCGUGGGCGGAGAGCCAAGACUACUACGGUCUGCUGGGAGUCAACAGGGAGGCCACGACCAGAGAGAUCCGACAGGCCUUCAAGAAGCUGGCGCUCACCAUGCACCCCGACAAAAACCCCGGCGACCCUGCCGCCCACGAGAAGUUCCUGAAAGUGAAUCGAGCCUACGAAGUUCUGAAGGACGAAGACCUCCGAAAGAAAUAUGAUAAAUACGGAGAAAAGGGAUUGGACGAGCAGCAGCAGGGAGGACGCUACGAGAGCUGGAACUUCUACCGUUAUGACUUUGGUAUUUACGAUGAUGAUUUGGAGAUCAUCACACUGGACAGCGGGGACUUUGAGGCAGCAGUGAAUUCUGGAGAAAUCUGGUUCAUCAACUUCUAUUUCCCACGAUGCUCACAUUGUCACCAGCUGGCUCCAACGUGGAGGGAGUUUGCCAAAGAGAUGGACGGAGUCCUCAGGAUCGGAGCGGUGAACUGUGGAGACAACAACGGCCUGUGCAGGAGUAAAGGCAUCAACAGCUACCCGAGUCUGUUCAUAUUCAGAGCAGGACAGAGACCAGAGAAGUUUAAUGGGGAGCGCUCUAAAGACAGCCUGGUCCGCUUCUCCAUGCAGUUCAUCACGACAACCAUCACUGAGCUCUGGCAGGGUAACGUGUUCAACGAGAUAGAGAGCGCGUUCUCGUCGGGGCUCGGCUGGCUGAUCACCUUCUGCUCCGACACCGGAGAUUGCCUGGAGUCGAAAACAAGACAGAAGUUGGCGGGGAUGUUGGACGGUCUAGUAAAGGUUGGAUGGAUGGACUGCACCACACAGGGACAGCUUUGUGACAGCUUCCAGGUGACCAGUGGAGCGACUGCUUUAUUCCCACCUGGAAGUUCUCUGGAUCAAAAAGGCAGCGUGCUGUGGUUGAGUACUCUCGACAGUAAAGAGAUUUACAGUCAGGUCAUCAACCAUCUGCCGGAUCUGGAGCUGCUGACCGGUGAAAACUUCCAGAGGAAGCUGGCACAUCAUCGCUGGUUGGUCAGUUUUACAUUUGGAGACAGAAGCUCCGCCUCCAACGAGUACAAGAAGCUUAAAGCUUUCCUCCGAAACGACCACAUACAGGUCGGCCGAGUCGACUGUUCAGCGGACUCACAGUUGUGUCAGUCUCUCUACAUCCAUAAAUCCUGCGUGGCCGUAUUUAAAGGACUGGGAAUCCACGACUUUGAGAUCCACCACGGCAAAGAUGUGCUGUACAACAUUGUGGGUUUUGCGAGGGACAGCGUUCGUGCUCACGUGACGACUUUGAGACCCGACAACUUUCCUUCAGACAGAAAGGAGCCGUGGCUGGUCGACUUCUUUGCUCCGUGGUGUCCUCCAUGUCGAGCUUUGCUGCCUGAGCUGAGAAAAGCCUCCAUCCAGCUGGCUGGACAGAUGAAGUUUGGCACUCUGGACUGCACCAUCCACCACAGCCUCUGCUCCAUGUAUAAUAUUCAGGCUUAUCCCACCACAGUGAUCUUUAACGGCUCCUCUGUUCAUGAAUAUGAAGGACAACAUUCAGCCGACGGCAUCCUGGAGUUCAUACAGGAUCUGGUCAAUCCAUCUGUGGUGGUUCUGGAUCCUUCCAGCUUUGCAGAGAGAGUUAAAGGUCGAGCUGAGGGGCAGAUCUGGGCGGUGGAUUUCUACGCGCCGUGGUGCGGUCCCUGUCAGGCUCUGCUCCCAGAGUGGAGACGCAUGGCGAGGAUGCUGUCGGGUCAGAUCCUGGUCGGUUCAGUUGACUGUCAGCGGUUUCAGUCCUUCUGUCAAGGUCAGAGUGUGAGGGCGUACCCUGAAAUCCGCCUGUACCCCGGCAACGCCCGGCAGCCUGAUCGCUACAUGAGUUAUAACGGUUGGCACAGAGAUGCCCAUUCACUGAGAUCAUGGGCACUAAGCUCUUUACCGAGAGCGUCGGUGGACCUGACUCCAGAGUCCUUCAGGUCUCAGGUUAUGUCAGGUCAGGAUCACUGGGUUCUGGACUUUUACGCCCCUUGGUGUGGUCCCUGUCAACACUUCGCCCCGGAGUUUGAAGUCAUGGCUCGGAUUCUUAAAGGAGAGGUUCGAGCGGGGAAAGUGGACUGUCAGGCUCAUUUUCAGACCUGUCAUUCAGCUGGAAUCACCGCCUACCCAACCGUCAGAUUCUACCCGUACCUGGGAACAAGGAGGUAUGAACAUAGUGGGGAACACAUCAACAGCCGGGACGCCAACGUGAUCGCCGACACCAUCAGACAACGACUACAAAAAGUGUCGCCACAGUUACACAAGAAGGACGAGCUCUGAUGAUCGGUGGGCGUCGCCGUGAGAAAGACCAGUGAUCUGAUUGGUCGGGGAGGAACAGAAGUGAAUUUGAUUGAUCCGGCACAAUAAUCGAUCAGUCGACACUCUUUGACCACAGCUGUAACUCAGAGACAGACAGACUGUCAGCUGCUGUGCGUUGAAUGUACAGAACACUCCUGCCUUGUUUUUAUUUGUUUUUCUUUUUGUCUCCAUCGUUUGUAUUUACUCUAUGAAGUAAAACUGUGGGACGCUGUUUACGGGACACGUUACUGACGGGCGCUGUAUGGCCAGCCCUUUUAACUUAUUUAGUGACUUCAGCGUGUUAAAAUGUUGAUUUAAGAUCUCUGUAAAACAGUUUUGACAUGUUGCAUAUAUCCUUCAUUUAACCAUUUAAAAGUCUCACUGAGAUUUAAAUCUUUUUAUAGAGAAACCUGGCCAAUUUAUAUAAAUUUUCACUUGUAGAUCACAUUUCGCCUGACCAAAAAUGAUGCACAGAUAUCUUAAACUUUUGAAUGAAGUACCUCAAAAACGUUAGUUGACCUUUUAAUUACCAUAUUUAUUUAGUGGAAUUUUUUUCAUAUCUUAAAAUUUAAUUCUGUCUAGUUACAAAAGGUAUAAAAGGAUCUGUAGAUAUCUCAAAUAUAAUUGUUGCUAGUCCAAAUACAUAUUUUUUUACUAGUUAGAAAUGUAUUUAAGAUAUCUAAAAUGCAAUUCUAGAUAUGUUAUUUAUUCUUCUAGCUUAAAUUCCAAACAUACAGUAAAUAAUCAGUAAAAGUUGACUAGUUGAAAUUAAAGUAUCCAAAAUGAACAUUUCUACUCAUGAGAAGUGAAGGGUAGAUAUCAGUAAUUUGAAAAGAACAGUAAGUUUGAAUGGAAGUCAAUGGUAAAAGGUGAUUUGUAAUUGUUAUAGAUAUCCACAAAAAAAGCAUUUCAACCAGUAAGACAUGAACAAGAAAUGAACUGUGGAUAUUUGUAAUGACUUUUGAAUAGAAGUCAAUGGUAUCAGUUGACUAGUUGUAAUUAAGUUUAAGAUAUCUACAAUUUCACAUUUUCACCAGAAAGAAAUAAACAUCACGUUUUAUUUGAAAUGAAUUGUAGAUAUCUGUAAUUCAGUUUGAAUAGAAGUCAAUGGUUUCUGGUUUUCACCAGUUAGAAAUUAAUUAUAGAUAUGUUAAAUUUCUAUAAGCCAAAAAAGCAGUCGUUAAUGUCUACAGUUGGUAUUACAGCUGCUGAUUAAAUGUUAAAAGGGCUUGCCACACACACACACACACACACACACACACACACACACACACACACACACACACACACACACACACACACACAGCCUGAUGUUGACAGUGUUGUACUUUAUUGUUCAUGUAGAAACUGUUGGACCUUCACAAUAAAACGGUGUGUUUCUGUUUAAAGA